AAGAUAAAGACUAGCUAGAUUAAAGAAACAGUUGACCAAGAUUGACUCUAGUCUAUAUAUAAAGGUAUUUGGUGAUUAAUGUGUCAAUAUCCAACAAUUAAUUACAAAAUGGAAAAUAUCUCUACUUUGCUCAUAAUAGCUCUGCUCCUUUGCACCGCCUCGUUAACGUGCAUGGCCCGCCCUGAACCGGCCGACUUCGCCUCCAUCACUAUCUCUCCGGCCGACAUACGUAGCCUGGAAAUGAUAGAAUUAAAACUACAUGAAGUGACCGAUGAGAGCUGCGAGAAAGACGACAACGAAGAUUGCUUGAUGAAAAGGACAUUGACGGCUCAUCUUGAUUAUAUCUAUACACAGAAGAAUAAUAACCCUUAGGAAAAAUAAAGUUCUGGUCAUCUACCUUCUUUCUGCUCAAAGGUUGCAUAAGACAAAUUGAAUCUCUUUGCUCUAGAUUUUUGUGGUCCGGAAACAUCACUCAAAGAUGCUAUGCGAAGGUUGCAUGGUCAUCUGUUUGUCUCCCUGAGGCGGAAGGGGGAUUGGGUCUGAGGAGUAUAUUGAUAUGGAAUAAAACUCUUUGCUUAGGAUAUAUCUGGAAUAUUUUCUCUGACAGUGCUUCCAUGUGGGCUAAAUGAAAGCAUCAUCACAAACUGAGAAGACUAAGCUUAUGGGCCGUUGAACCAUUUCUAACUGAUUCAUGGGUCUGGAAAUCGCUACUUAAGAUCAGACCGUCGGGUUGCAGAUUCAUUAUCACUGAGAUAUCUAAUGUAAGGAGUACAAGCUUUUGGCAUGAUACAUGGACUCCCCUUGGCCCAUUGAUAAACGCUCUGGGUAACGACGGUUGUCGAAGGCUGCGAGUUAAUGAAACGCUUCUGUCGCCGAUGCUUGCACAAUGGUGGGAUGGUCCCUGCCUCCUCCACGCUUUGACAACGAGGUAGCUCUCCACACUCACCUCACCUUAAUACCUUUUGCCUUCCCUGAGUCAUCUCGAAGACCGGAAUCACUGGGUGGUUAACAAUGAUCCAAACAACCACUUCUCUUCAGCGAAAACAUGGGAUGCGUUGAGACUUUCUAUCGCAUCUUGGCACGAUCUAAUUUGGUUCAAGGGUAAUGUCCCUAACUAUGCUUUUAACAUGUAGGUUGCUUACUUUGAUAGGCUUCCCACUAGAACUAAGAUCGCAUAUUGGGAUUGCAAACAACAACUGCAUGUACAACGUGCUUGUUUGGAGUUGAGACUAGAGAGCAUCUAUUGCUGUCUUUUGGAUUUAGCGCAGAGAUUUGGAGCUAUGUCAUGGAAAGACUAAGUCCUACACAGCCAGCUUUCAUCAGCCAGUAGCACAAGUCACCAUCUUUCACAUUUUGCGGCAAAGAAACAACCUUCUAAAUAAUAACCACUUCUUUCUAGCAUCUUCUAUUUUCAGACUGAUUGAUCGAGACACACGUUGUAUCAUCCUCGGACGAAGGAAUAAGAGGCUCUUCAAAAACCUCUUAGCUCUUUGGC